UUAGGUGACACAAACAAAACCAUUCAAUUCUGUUGGCUAAAGAAACUUCAUAAAUGAGUCAUUUUGUUAGAUUUGCUUAAAAUUCCUAUAAAAAAAUAAAUAAAAUAUUUGAAACAAGUGUAUCCUCGAACUAAACAUGGGGUUAUUCGGCAAAACUCAUACCAAAGAUCCAAAAGAGCAGGUGCAAGAAUGGACGCACAAAAUUCGAAAGGAAAGCAAUCAACUGGAUCGCCAGAUACGUAGUAUACAGCGCGAGGAGGAGAAAGUGAAGCGGUCCUUAAAGCAGGCAGCAACAAAAAAUGAUCGGGACACUUGUGUCAUCCUCGCAAAAGAAAUUGUGCGUGCACGUAAAGCGAUAAAUCGUAUUUACACAUCUAAGGCACACCUUAACUCCAUACAGCUACAAAUGAAGAACCAAUUGGCUACGUUACGCGUGGCCGGCUCGUUACAAAAAUCCACAGAAGUAAUGCAAGCUAUGCAGAAUUUGGUACGUUAUCCAGAAUUAGCCGGCAUAAUGCGAGACAUGUCGAAAGAAAUGAUGAAAGCAGGCAUAAUUGAGGAAAUGCUCGACGAGACAAUGGAUUCGCUGGAAGAGUCUGAAGAGAUGGAAGAGGAGGCGGCAAAGGAAGUAGAUAAAGUCUUAUGGGAAAUUACGGAUGGUAAACUUGGUGAAGCACCGUUACCACCUGAAGGUAUCGCCGCCGAAAAACAUGAAGUACCCGCUGCCACAGUAGUUGAAUCCGAAGAUGAAGCUGGUGAAGAGGAGGAAGAUUUGCAAGAAAUGCAAAAUCGUUUAGCAUCGCUGCGUUCAUAAGCGCCUGCAGUGGGCUAUUGAGAAACGCUGACGUAAGCGCCGAACGAAUGGUAAUAUAAUUUUAAGUUUGUUUGCGAACACUGCUGAAAAACAGGUCGUUUGCGUUUUUACGUGCACAUUUCAAUGUUUCGAAGCGAAGAAUAAAAACUUUUACAACGGAAGCAAAAAUUUCAAAUUUGAAAAAAAAAAAUU